AUGUCGAUACUUGAUACCUCCAAAGACCUGUCCGCCCUUUUCACCCAACAGGUCAAUGCUACCCCCGAUGCAAUCGCCUUAGAAGAUGACUCCUCCACAUACACCUACUCCCAGCUAGAUAAUGAGGUCCAUAGCCUCUCUACUCGUCUCCGUGCAUACGGAGUCAGCCGCGACACUCUUGUCGGUGUCCUUUUGCCCCGAAGCGCCCAUUAUGUGAUUGCCUGCCUGGCCAUUCUCCGUGCGGGCGGCGCAUUCCUCGUCCUUGAACUCGCAUAUCCGCCCGAGCUGCUGGCCGACGUGCUGGAAGACUCCAACCCCGCUGUAAUUCUCACCCACAAGGGCGAGUCGAGCAAGGUCAAGGCCGACAUCCCCCUCAUCAACCUCGACGAGCCGGCCAAGGAGGUCAAUGGCCACGCUAAAGAGCCAUCGCCGUUACCCGCAGACGAUGAUCUCGAUCGUCUGUCCUUUGUCGCAUAUUCGUCGGGCACAACAGGCAAACCGAAAGGAAUUGCCAAUCCCCACCGUGCGCCGGUGCUCUCGUACGACCUGAGAUUCGCCAUCCAAGAUGUCCAGCCCGGAGAUCGCGUGGCCUGCAAUGUCUUUUUCGUCUGGGAAAUUCUGCGUCCGCUUCUGCGUGGAGCGACGGUUUUUUGCGUGCCGGACGAGGUCAGCUACGAUCCUGCUGCUCUCGUCGACCUGCUCGCCUCCAAGAAAAUCACCGAAACCCUCAUGACCCCUACUCUGCUGGCAACCGUCCUCUCUCGCCAGCCACAUCUCACAGACCGUCUCCCCGAGCUGCGCACUUUGUGGCUGAACGGCGAGGUGGUCACCACCGAUCUCGCCCGUCGUGCCAUCAAAGCCCUCCCUGCAACCCGUCUGCUCAACUGCUACAGUGCGUGUGAAACCCACGAGAUUGCAUGCGGUGACAUUCGGGAUAUGCUAGACGAGGAAGCUCUGUACUGCCCUGUUGGUCCCCCAAUGGACCCCAAACACACAUACAUUCUCAACGAGAAUGGUGAGAAACUAGAGCCUGGUGUCAGUGGUGAGCUCUUCCUGGGUGGCCAUCUGCUCGCCCGGGAAUAUCUCAACCUCCCUGAAACCACAGCCAAAGCCUUCACUCCAGACCCAUUCGAUCCCACCCCGGGAGCGCGCAUGUACAGAACGGGCGAUCUGGCCAAGAUUCUGCCUUCAGGACUGUUGGAGAUUACUGGUCGCGUUGGGGCGAUGAUCAAACUGCGUGGUUACUCUGUUGUGCCCGCCAAGGUGGAAACUGACAUUGUCAAGUAUUUGGCCGUCAGCCAAUGUACUGUAAUUGCCCACGGAGACGGUCUGGAUCGUCAGCUGGUCGCAUAUAUCAUCCGCGAUAAGGAGGUUUCUGCUGAUCGCCCAGUGGUCGAGAUCAACGAGUCCGGACACAGCCCAGCAGCACGACGCACUCUCCUGCCAUACCUUGCACACUACAUGAUUCCUGCUCUGUGGGUAGAAAUGGACGAAUUCCCGACUCACGAAGUGUCUGGAAAGGUGGAUCUCAAACGCCUUCCUGCACCUCGCCCCUCCAGCCCAGUCAACGGGCAGACAAAGAAAGACCCGAUCGGCAUCGACAACAUCGCAGCCAUCUGGGCGCCAACUCUCAAGACUGCACGGAAUCUGCUCAAACCCGAAGACAACUUUUUCGACUUGGGUGGACACUCCCUGUCUCUGGCUGAUCUUGCCUCCAAACUGUCGAGGGAGUUUGGCUUCCGCAUUCCCAUUGCUCGUUUGGCCGAAAAUUCGACUCUUGCGGGCCAUUUGGAGACUGUUCGUUCUGUGAGAGAUGGUCAUACCGAAGCCGUGCAGGCCGAUCUGCCUGCUGUCCUCCGCGCAGACUCUGUUCUUGACGAGGACAUCAGACCUUCCAAUGCCACCAUCUGCUCGAUUGACAAGGCAGACACUGUUCUUCUGACCGGUGUCACCGGGUACCUCGGUGCCUUCCUCCUCAACGACCUCCUGGAAAACACCUCCGCCCAAAUCAUCUGUCUGGUCCGUUUCAGCGACCCCGAACAAGACGACCAAGCCGGCGGUGUAGCAAGAAUCCGUCGCAACCUGCUGGAUAUGGGAUUGUGGCGUGACUCAAUCAUGGAGCGUGUCGAGGUCCUCCCUGGAAAUCUGUCUCGCACUCGUUUCGGUCUUCUGCCCAGUGAGUUUGAUGAGCUCGCUGCGCGUGUGCAGGUUAUUGUCCAUGCUGCCGCGACCGUCAACCUGGUAUAUCCGUAUGCCGCAUUGCGAGGCGCCAACGUUGGUGGUACUCGCGAGGUUCUCCGUCUGGCUAGCAAGGGCGGUGCUACUGUUCAGUAUGUUUCGACUAACGGUGUUUUGCCGCCGUCUGGAGAGAAGGGCUGGCCUGAAGAUACCAUGCUGCCCGUUGAUGAUGUCCCUACGAAGUUGCUCGAUGGAUACGGACACUCCAAGUGGGUUGCUGAGCAACUUGUCCUCGAAGCCGGCCGUCGUGGACUGCCCGUGAAGAUCCACCGAGCUGGUACCAUCAGUGGACACAGUCUGACUGGUGCUGCCAACGCGUGGGAUCUUCUGUCUGCCCUGUUUGUCGAGUCCAUCAAGCUUGGCUACGCGCCUGACGUCGAAGGCUGGCGUGCUGAGAUGACCCCGGUCGACUUUGUCAGUAAAGCCAUCAUCCACCUAGCCUCGCAGACUCACGCAGAACAAACCAUCUUCCACCUCGGUGACCCCGACCCAGUCAGCACUCGCACCGUCUUCGAGUGUCUCACCGAACUCGGAUACCCAACACAGCCUCUGGGCUGGGAUGAAUGGGUCGCCCUCUGGACCGCAAAGCGCAGUCUCGUCAAGGGUGGCGACGGCGGCUUCACCGUCGACAUCCUCCGCAGCGGUAUGCCAACAGUCGACUUCCUCAAGGGCAUCGUCGUUCUCGACAACACCGCCACCCGACCCUUCCGAGCCGUCGUUGAACGCCCCAAGGUCGACAGCGCCCUCCUUGCAACCUACACCCGCCACUGGUUCGCGCGAGGCUGGCUCUCCAAACCCCCCAAGCGCCCCCACACCGUCAACGGCGUCAUCAAAGCCAUCAAACGCGGUCCUCUUAGCGGCCGCGUCGCCGUCAUCACCGGCGCAUCCUCCGGCAUCGGUGCUGCCGUUGCAACCGCCCUCGCCAAAGAAGGCUGCCACGUCGCACUGGGCGCUCGCCGUCUCGACUCCCUCGAAGCCGUCAAGCGCAAGACCUCCGUCCACGAAGUGAAAACCGUCAUCCGUGCCACGGACGUCACCAAGAAGGGCGACGUGGAAGCCCUCGUGCGCGCAGCCAACGACGAACUCGGCCCCGUCGAUAUCCUCGUCUCCUGCGCGGGUGUCAUGUACUUCACCAUGAUGGCCAACAACUUCACCGAAGAAUGGGAACGCACCGUCGACGUCAACUGCAAGGGUCUCCUGCACUGUCUCUCCUCUACGGUCCCUGACAUGCUCUCCCGCGGUGCAGGCCACAUCGUCGCCAUCUCCUCCGAUGCCGCACGAAAGGUCUUCCCUGGUCUGGGCGUGUACUCGGCCAGUAAAUUCUUCGUCGAGGCAACCCUGCAAUCUCUCCGUCUCGAGACGGCAGGAACUGGUCUGCGCGUGACUGGCAUUCAGCCGGGUAACACUGCCACCGAUCUGCUGAACAUGUCGACGGAUACAGAGGCAGUAAAGAAAUACGGCGAGCCGUCUGGUGCGCAGAUCCUCGACCCGUCCGACGUCGCCAACUCUAUUGUCUAUGCGCUGAAGCAACCUGCCCAUGUUUCUGUUAAUGAGGUGUUGAUUGAGCCAAGAGAUGAGCCGAUUUAG